AGUGCCUUCUUCAAUGACUCAUGCUGCUCUUCGUAAGCAAGUACAACGUGGACUUUUGAAAAAUAACCCUGUCUCAACAUUUAUUCCGUUGGUCAUAAGAAAUAUUAACAUAUUUGGGCAAUGUCUCGAAGUAUCUUUCGAAAAUCUUAAAUAUGGACCAAAAAAGCAACAUCAAUUGAUAGCUAAACACUUUCAAUUUUCGACUAAAACAACACAUGGCGAGCAAAGUUUGGCUACCAAUAUUUUAAUCUAUGAUCCAACUUUUAUAAAGCUAAUAAGUCCUCACGUAGAUCGAAUAUUUAUUGAUGCCACUUACAAAGUGUUUCCUAAACUAAAUGUCAGAAGAGGUCAAUUAUUAACUAUAAUGGCAGAAAUUACAAACAAUAAUGAAAUUGACAAGGCUGUACCAUUCAUGUGGGUGCUGAUGACCAACAGAACAACUGACUGCUAUCAACAAAUCUUUCGAUUUAUGUCAGAUACCUUUACUGAUUUUAAGCCAAAAUACAGCAUGUCUGAUCAUGAAUUGGCACUCCGAAAUGCCAUAAAAUUAGUCUUUCCAGAAAUUGUUACAAACACAUGUUUUUUUCAUUUUUCUCAGGAAGGAUUACUAUGGAUUAUGUGA